AUGAGCAAUCUUACUUUCAUAUCUACUUUUCUGCUGCUGGAAUUCUCAAAUAUCCGAGAACUACAGAUUGUAUAUUUCUUUGUAUUUCUAGCCUUGUACCUAAUGGCAAUAACAGGAAAUCUUCUCAUCAUCAUUGCAGUGACCCUUGAUCACCACCUACACACUCCUAUGUUCUUCUUUGUCUUAAAUUUUGCUGUGAUGGACAUUGGAACAAUUUCAGUUACGAUACCGAAAUCAAUGGCUAUGUCCCUCACAAAUAACAGGUCAAUUUCCUUUUCUGGAUGUGUGGCUCAAGUUUUCUGUUAUUUCUUCUGCUUAUCAUCUGAUUUCUGUCUCCUUAUUAUAAUAGCCCUUGAUCGAUAUGUUGCAAUUUACAACCCACUCCAGUAUGAGAGAAUUAUGCAUAAAGGAGCUUGCCUUCAGAUGGUAGCCACUGUGUGGAUUAUUGGUCUUUCCUAUGCCAUGAUACACACUGGUGGCACCUUUGCAAACACCUUCUGUUCUAAUGUAGUCAGUCAGUUUUUCUGUGAAGUCCCACAGUUAUUAAAACUCUCCUGCUCUAAAACCUUUUUAGUUGAAGGUGGGCUUCUUAUACUAAGUUGUAUGAUAGCACUAGGAGGUUUUAUCUUCAUCAUCAUCACAUAUGUUCGGAUCUUUGCUGCAGUGCUCAGGAUCCCCUCUGUACAUGGACAGAAGAAAGCCCUAUCCACUUGUCUUCCCCACCUUGUAGUUAUCUCAGUGUUCAUAUUCAGUGCAGUUUUUGCCUAUGGAAAACCUCCCAGUAAUACUUCUUCUGAUCUGGAUUUAGCUUUUGCUGUGACAUAUGUCAUAAUCCCUCCCAUCUUGAAUCCAUUUAUCUAUAGCAUGAGAAACAAAGAGCUGAAGGCUGCAUUGCGGAAACUAAUAGAUCUGGAGCUUUUUUCUAAAAUCAGAAUUAAACUUCUUCACAAUUAG